AUGGACUUCAGCACUGGGACAACUGGGAGUGAAGGUCAGACAUGCAGGGGAAGGUGUGGAGAUGUUUUGGAGGAAUGCUCCUGCCGUGCAGCUUGUGUGUCUUUGCUGAACUGCUGUGCAGACUACAGCCAGUCCUGUUUCCAGGUGACGCCGUACUCAAGCUCCAUGCUGGGUGGAAGAGCUCUCAGGAUCCUCAGUUUGGUUCUUCCUCCUGGUGGGCGCCUCCUCUGCAGGUUUAAAAGUGAGAUUGAACGAGAAGGAUUUAUUGAUGCUGAAGGUCACAGCUACUGUAUCACUCCUUUACUGUAUGAGACGGGUUGGAUACCAUUUACUGUCUCAACAGACGGAAGACAUUUUGACAGAUCUGGAGAGUACCUGUCAGUCCACCCCAGUAAAGCGGACCAUGACUUUGAAGUCACCCUGGUGAAUGUAACACAAUGGCUGCACUACGGCACAGCAAACAUGGCAGGAAGGCUUAAGAUGACAUGGAACAGCUCUUUGAUCGGAGCAGAGACGGUCAACAUAGAGCUGUGGGGUUACAGAGAGUUCAGCAGCAGCACAGAGGCGAGCGGAUCGUCCUCGCUGCAGGCCGAGCUGAGCUAUCUGUACUCUCUCGGGAGGAAUCUGCCCAACACUGGUGCCUUCAGCUUCUUCCCGGAGCCCUCGAAAGACUUCUCAGACCGGAUGUUGGGAAAUAUCCGCGUCACUGCUAGUUCUGAGUCAGACGGGGAAAGGGAUGUACAGGGGCUCUGGAGUGGAGGUCAUGUCUUAGCCUGGCACCUGGAGCAGGCUUUCAGAGAUGACUCUGCAGCCUGGGCCAAGAGCAAGUGUCUGCAGUGGGACGUCCUCGAGGGGACGCUGCCCAACUUCCUGGAUGAGCUCAUUGACUGUCCUUGCACUCUGGCACAGGCCCGAGCAGACACAGGAAGGUUUCAUACUGACUAUAGUUGUGACAUUGAGAGUGGCAGUGUGUGCUCUUAUCACCCAGGUAGUGUCCACUGCGUCAGAGCAAUUCAGGCCAGCCCUCUACAUGGAUCAGGACAGCAGUGCUGCUAUGACAGUGCAGGCGCUCUGGUGCUGACAGCAGACUCGUCCAGUGGCAGCACCCCAGACAGAGCUCACGACUGGGGAUCGCCGCCGUACAGGGAGCCACCACGGGUGCCGGGGUACUCCCACUGGCUGUACGAUGUCGUGAGUUUGUACUACUGCUGCCUGUGGUCCAACCACUGCCACAUUUACCUCAACCAUCGACCUUCAAGUGGGUGUCGCAACUACCAUCCCCCAAGAGCUGGUGUUGUCCUCGGGGAUCCGCAUUUCAUUACGUUCGACGGCCUCAGCUACACUUUCAAUGGCAAAGGGGAGUUCUACCUUGUGUCUUCACCAGACAGAGAGUUAAGUGUUCAGGCCAGAACAGAGCCGGUGAAAUCUGAGAACGGUACCCUGGCCAAAGCCACGUGGCUCUCAUCCGUGGCUAUGAAGGAGAAGGCUUCUGAUGUCAUCGAGGUACGUCUAGCAGAAGGCCACCUGCAGGUGCUAAGGAACCAAAAGGUCCUACUUUUCACAGAGCAAAGAUGGAUGGAUCUAAACGGAGUAUUUGUGUUCGCCCCCCCCCGUCCCACUCACAAUGUGACUGUGAUCUUCCUCUCUGGAGUUGGUGUGGUUGUUCGUGUGCAUGACGGAGCGAUGGCUGCAACCGUCCUGCUUCCAGCCGAGUUUACCAACCACACUCCAGGGUCCGCCCCCACCCCCCCUCCUCGGUCUGAUGAACUCUGACCAUCAGAUGACCUGUUGACGCAAACUAGGAUGAGGUCAUUUCCCCCUAGCCGACGCCCACGGCGGAGGAGACUCUUCACCCUUUUGAGCUGGCUGUGAGUGUGAAAGACUGCUGAAAUACUGACAUAUGACUCAAAGUAACUUUUGAAUAACUACUAUUUCCCCCACCAAGCUUAUGAUCCUGCUUUUUGUAUUUAUCCCUGCCUAUUUUCUCUUCCCUCGAGAGACCUGAUGACCCUUCUGGUGGGAAAACACAUGUUGACCAAUUGUGCUCAGGAGGAUGGAGCAACGCUCUGUAAAUAUGACACCCCUGUACCUACUCGGAAGCCUCAGGAAUGGGAAACGCCACAAACACUCCAGGCCUUCCAAAGUCAUCAGGCCCAAAUGAAAGCUCUGGGAGCCAUGGUGUCUUGUGGCUGGCUGCCGACACCCAGGAAUGGGAAAAAGAACGGGACAUGUUACCUGGAGGGGAACACUCUGAGCUUCACCUGCAACAAAGGCUACAUACUGUACGGUUCAACCGAACGCACUUGUCUGAACGAUGGGACCUGGACAGGAGAGCAGCCCUACUGCGUAACAGAUGAUAAGGUGGGGUUUGUACUCGGCGCUGUUGGCUCCCUCUCUGCACUGGUCACGAUGGGAGUGAUGAUCCACCUGCACAACAGGAAACAAGAGAGGGAGAAGAAAGACCAGAUGAUGACCCAAGAACAAACUUGCUAAACCAUCUUUUGGAUUAUGUAUCACACCACUCCACAUCACAAAACCUUUAACUAUCUUGCCUGUUGCAAAGAAUGCAUUCAGAGUUCAGCAUUUGGACAUCCUGUGCUGUUGUGUUGUAUGUUAGGACCGUGGUCUUCUCUUGACCUGUUGACCUUAUCAAGAAAAAAACUCAGGCACUAAUUAAGCUUUCAGCAUGUUGUUUGGCUUCAUGUUUUCCCUCUUGUUUAGUUUGGAAAACCUCCAGGUUGUGGUAAAUGGUGCAUAGGGGUGAGGAUUGAGGGUAUUGAGGUAAAGGGGAAAAAUGCUGAUGAUUGUUUUUAUAUUCCCGUUUUUGCAUGACUGAACGUCCGAUCUUCGCUUUAGAGAGAACUGUAUAAAUACUACACAGAGAUAUCAUCAUCACAAUCAACGCUCCCUUCUCCCGUUCAGUUUAAAAUAGGACCAGAUGUGUUCGUGUUCAUGUCACAUGUGAAGCGAACCUGAUCAGUUUUUUGGUUGAGAGACUUUGAACUCUUAUGUGGCCUUUGUGUGGGCAAACAGCCUUCAGUCAAACCAAGGGUUUUGCUGAGUGACUGAGAAAGAAAACUCCACAAAUGUUACAUAAAGGUCGCCCUUUUGCACUUUUUCAACACUUGCUUUCAGACUUUGUUUUUUGUACUUUUUAAGGGUUGGCUCACAGUAGCAUUUUUGAAACCAGUUGGAUAUUAAAAGUCAGGUGUAACAUAAUGACACCUUCCUAAACAGCAAAGAACCGUCCAACUAUUAUAACGUUGCGUAGCGUAACAUCAAGCUCUAUGUCCACAUUGAAUACAUUAUAUAUGCAUUUUUGUUACAUCAUAUAAACAAACUAUGUAGCUACCAGCUAUGUGUUCAAGAUCAGAUUAACCACUCAAAAGAUGGGUGAGAGGCCUUCAUGCUAUCUUCCUACAUUUGCAAGUUACUUUCUAAAAUAGAAAAUAAAUGUUUUAUAUUAUAUUUAAUGGUAAGAACAUAAUAUAUAGCCAACAGGAAGUAGCCCAGCUUGCUGUUAGAAAUGGUCUUUUACCUUACCAGUUACUUUCAGCUCCUUGGUGAAAUCCCUCAAGAAAACUGCCACUUAUGUUGUUAUUUUGGUAGUGCUUUGUGUAGAUAAUCUCUUUAAUUUAACUUCAUGUAUCAGCCAUUCUUCGCACUUUCAAAGCGAGCGACAGAUAGCCUUUAAAUAGCAACGGGCCUGUUCCUUUCUAGCAAACAAACAGCUUGCACAGCUCCGCCCCUUUCCAUCUCUCCUGAAACUUGCUCUUCUUCAUGUUGCUGAUGCUCGGCUCAAAGCCCGUCAGAUACCAGUUAGUGCGUUUAUAAACAAACAUAACAUCAUGUCUAUCACAUUGUCAUAUUGCUUAAUGCAAUACCAGUGCUGGAUACCACUGGUACCAGUGCAGCCGUACUUGAGCAAAAGUACAAAUAUCUUUCCAGAAAAUGACUUUGGUAAAAGUUAGUCAACUAUAAUUAUAUAACAUAAGUAAAAGUCUUUAAGUACCUGUCAUUUACUGUACUUAAGUAUUAAAAGUAAUAUUAUUUUAUUAAAUGUACUUAAGUACUGAAAGUAAAAGUACAAGUAAAUGCUUGUGAUAAAAAAGCAUGUCAGAAUUCUGAGGAUAAUUAGGAUAACAUUUAUUUCUUUAUAACAUACACAACCUUAAAAAUAUAGUGUACAUUAUACUUGAAAGAAAAGGAUUGAAAGAACAAAAUCCAGCUUUUCUUCCCUCCCACUCCUUCAUUUGUCCCCCUCCUCCCUUCUUUCUAUUUUGUAGUAGUUAAAAUACCUGGAAAUGUAGUGGAGUAAAAAAGUUGACCAAGAUCUAAAAACUCAAUUAAAAAAAAUCAAGCAAAAAAAAAAAAACUUAAGUACUGUAACAAAUUAACAAUACCUUGUCACAUUACACCACUGAGCAAUGCAAACUGGGCACUGGCACAUCACAUCACAGCACUGUGAUGCUGUCUGCACAGGUUGCUGAUGUAGACUACUUUUUAAUUUGCCAGAACGUGUUAUCAUGACAAAUGUCAGUUCAGCAGGUUUGCAUUAAAUUAAACAGGUUUAAGCUUGCACACAAAGCGUAAAUCGACCCAACUUUUACUUUUACAUAUCUGUAUUUCUAGACUGAUUGAAUCAAUAAAUGCUUUCAUUAAAAUCAAUGAAGGAAUCAAUAAAUAAUAUUGUAUACUUUUACUUUUAUUUUUAACUGGCUGAUUAUCUGGAGCAGCUCUGUGUUCCAAUAUUAAUGAAACUGAAUUCCUUUUUUUUAGAAAUCACUAAGAAAUUGAUGAGGGUUAAUAUUAAACUCUAAGGCCCUGUAUAUCAUUUGUUGCUCACUUAUACUUUCUUAUAUGUCUUAUUGUUUGGAAUUUGGGGGGUCAACCUUUAAAACAACAACGAAUUCAAUAGUUUGACCACAAAAACAAGCCAAAAUACCUUUAGAAACCAAAACCAAGCAUUUAAAUAAUUUGGUAUAUUAUGAAAUUAUAUAAAUAAUGAUCAGAGCAAAAACAUAGUUGUUCCCAGAAUGUGUACAAAGACUUUUUUUUAGUUCAGGAGAGCACAUAUGAUUCGAGGUUUUUGGAAGUUUACUAUACCGAAAGCUCAAACAAGAGUCUCAAAGGAGAUGCAUUUCUGUAGUUGGUGUUAAAGUGUAGAACAAUGCUGAUAUAAUUAUGAAAAUCUGUAAACCAUUUUUUGUUUCCAAAAGAAUAGUUUACAACAUUAUUUUUGAGGGUUACAAGUGUUAAUGGUUUAAUUUUCUUGUUGAAAUGGUGGUUUAAAUACAGUUUGUACUUAUUGUAAUGUGUAUGAUGACUGAAUAAAAACACAUUUCAAACUGUU